GUCUCGGUGCCCAGCUAGGCUUGGCGUGGCAAGGGAGGGCUUUGAGCCGAGGCGUGAGGGCGAGGCAAGGCCUGAGUGGGAGCGCAGCGACACGAGCCAUGUCGCGGGCCAGCAUGAAGAAGGAAAAUCCUCCCAGCGACGAGAUGGACUGCAGGGCCGAGCUGGUCUUCCUCAGCGCAGGCUGCGCCAACCCCACCAAAGACGAAGCUUCUCCCCCAGCUCUGGAAGCAAACGGGAAGCCUGAUGCUCAAGAUGCUGACGAUCUAAGAAUACCGGCCCAUAGGAACAAGAGGAUAAGCAAGGAAGACCUCGCCAAGGAAAACCUGUCCUGGCCACUGAUCCUGAGGGAGUCUCCGGAGGUGCGACAGCGCGGCAUGGCUGGCUGGGAAACCAGCCUGCGCCAGAGGCCCCCUCCCCGCAUCAUCUUCCAGGCAGGACUGAAUUCCCAGGAGAUGAAGCACAGAGAGAGCGACCUGGAGAGCGACAGGGAGGUUCCCUGCAGGCGGAGUGCUAGGAGGAGGAUGACCAUGCCGCUCCGGGCUCCCACCCUUGAUUUCAUGGAAGAGGACUCCAAGGAGUCAUCUCAGAGCAGCAGCAUGUCCUCUGGCAGCAGCAUGCAGGAGGUCCAGAACGGCCAGGCCGAGCUCGGCUCCGAGGAGAAGGACGGCAGGGAUGUUGGGGAGGUGCCGGUGGAGUAUCAGGAUGGGAAGGACUUCGGAAUCGGGGAGCUCGUGUGGGGGAAAAUCAAAGGCUUCUCCUGGUGGCCUGCCCUCGUCGUCUCCUACCGGGUCACAUCCAAGCGCCAAGCCAUCUCCGGCAUGCGCUGGGUGCAGUGGUUCGGGGACGGGAAGUUCUCCGAGGUUUCGGCAGACAAGCUGGUGCGGCUGAUAGCUUUCCAGCAGCAUUUCAACUCCUCCACCUUCAAUAAGCUGGUCUCCUACCGACGCGCCAUAUACCAUGCUCUGGAGGUUGCCAAGGGCCGGGCGGGAAAGACCUUCCCUGGCACGGCUAAGGAAUCCCUGGAGGAGAAGCUGAAGCCCAUGAUUGAGUGGGCGCUCAGUGGCUUCAAGCCCAUGGGCUGGAAGGGACUGAAACCACCCAGCACUCCAGGACUGUUGCAGCUGGGGCUGCGAGCGCACGUGUGCUUGGGGAGCAGAAGAGACCGAGCGAUUCUACCCCCUUCUUCCUCUCAAAGUGAGAGCGGCACCCGUCGCAACAGCGCAGAAGAGGUCUCCACCCCGGAGCACUGCCCCCCGGCCAAGCGCCUGAAAACCAACGUCUGCAGCAACGGCAAGGAGGCGCACGCGGACAAGGACCAGACACGAGAGCAAAUGGUUUCCAAAGUCACAAACAACAACUGGAGCCUCGAAGACAACUGCUUGUCAUGUGGAAGGAAAAACCCGGUCACGUUCCACCCGCUGUUUGAGGGGGGCCUUUGCCAGACUUGCAGGGAAAGAUUCCUGGAGCUCUUCUACAUGUACGACGACGACGGCUACCAGUCCUACUGCACCGUCUGCUGCAAGGGCAAGGAGCUGCUGCUGUGCAGUAACGCCAGCUGCUACAGGUGCUUCUGCGUGGAGUGCUUGGAGGUCCUGGUAGGGCGAGGGAGCUCGGAGAAGGCCAAGGAGCAGGAACCGUGGAGCUGCUACAUGUGCCAGCCUCAGAAGUGCUACGGGGUCCUGCAGCGCCGCCAGGACUGGAACGUCCGGCUGCAGGACUUCUUCACCAGCGACAAGGGGCAGGAAUACGAAGCCCCUAAAAUCUACCCAGCCAUCCCCGCGGCGAAGCGGAAGCCCAUCCGAGUGCUGUCCUUAUUUGACGGCAUAGCGACAGGUUACCUGGUUCUGAAGGACCUGGGCAUUAAAGUGGAGAAAUACAUCGCUUCGGAGAUAUGCGAGGAGUCCAUUGCUGUGGGCACCGUCCGGCACGAGGGGAACAUCACCUACGUGCACGACGUCCGGAACAUAACCAAGAGAAACAUCGAUGAGUGGGGGCCUUUCGACUUGGUGAUCGGUGGCAGCCCCUGCAACGACCUGUCCAUCGUGAAUCCUGCCAGGAAGGGGCUGUAUGAAGGAACCGGGCGGCUGUUCUUCGAGUUUUACCACCUCCUCAAUUACGCGCGCCCGAAGAUGGGCGAGGAACGCCCCUUCUUCUGGAUGUUCGAGAACGUCGUUGCCAUGAGGGUCAAUGACAAGAGGGACAUCUCCCGGUUUUUGGAGUGUAACCCGGUGAUGAUCGAUGCUGUCAAGGUGUCGGCGGCACACCGAGCGCGCUAUUUCUGGGGCAAUCUGCCAGGGAUGAACAGGCCUGUGGUAGCUUCAAGGACUGAUAAAGUUGAGCUUCAGGACUGCCUGGAAUACAGUAGGAUAGCGACGUUGAAGAAGGUGCAAACCAUAACGACUAAAACCAACUCGCUCAAGCAGGGGAAAGCCAUGAAGCUCCCUGUUCUCAUGAACGGGAAGGAAGACAUGUUGUGGUGCUCUGAGUUAGAAAGGAUUUUUGGCUUCCCCCUCCACUACACGGACGUGUCCAACAUGGGGCGCGGAGCUCGCCAGAAGCUGCUUGGCAGGUCGUGGAGCGUCCCGGUCAUUCGGCACCUGUUCGCCCCGCUCAAGGAUUAUUUUGCCUGUGAAUAGCAAGCAGGGAUCUCCUCGUCUCUCUUCCGGGACAGAAGAAAGUGGUAUUUAGAGCAUAGAGAAAGCAGAGCUCAAAGGACCCCGUGCAGGAGACUGUACAUACGACUGAGCCUGAGACAUCUCAUCCAAGAGCAUUAAACAUACCAAUGUCACGUCCGGCUGGAAAGCAGCGACUCAGGUGCUGAGUGUGAAGCAGCUGUCUGAGGUGCUGCAGGAAAACUUGAAAUAGGUAGAAGCACAAUGCUUUUUUUUUUUUUUUUUAAACUCAACCUCUCCGAAAACGAUGGCUAAGAAACCAAAACCGUAGCAUCUGAUGUAAAGAACCCUGCCAGGUUACAUACGCUGAACGAACAAGCAGGAUACAAGGACCAAAUCCUAUAUUUUUUUACAGGUUGUUUUUUUUUUCGUGGUUAAAUUUUAAUGGUUUUUAUACUUUUGUUGCUGCUUUAAGGCAUUACAUGAGAAUGUGGAGACUCCUAGACCUGAAUGUAGCUAAAACUGAACUGUGAGGUGGUAGAAUUACUUUUCUAGCUAGAGCUAAAGAAAUGCUGUUUUUGUGCGUCAGGCAGUAGUUUACCAGGACUCACUACUUUCUUUUAAAACCAGCUUUUAACUUUCCAAUUCAGAAUCCAGCAGAGAGGCUCAAGAGGUCAAACAUCACACGUGAGGAUUUGGGCUCUGGUGUUCUCUUAACACGCGCUUCCCAAAGGGACGUGCCGACACCAGGGAGGGCAGUGCUGAUAUUCAGUGAUGUACGUCUGUGUCUUGCAAACCACAGCCCCACCUUCUCUUCCCCCACAACUUUCUGUACGGUUUCGUGAAUGGGACCCGUGUUGCUAAUGUGAGCGGCGUUGGAUGGCAGCCCGUUUGCAGAGAAACCAUCGCAGCAUCCAGAGAGGUGCAGCGAGCCUUUGUUCCAUCAGAAAUACGAGGAGCGAAAAUCGCACUGACUUCACCCGACACUGAAAUCCCUCAGGUGAAACCGUGGCCCUGCUGAGAUCCGUGACGCAGCUCCUCUUGCCUUCACCUGGGCUAAGAUUUCACUCUUCGAAUACGGCCUGUUCUUCUGCCACUGUCAGCAGUGGGGUCUUUGCUGUAUGGUAGGAGUAGACCCAUGUAAAGGGGAAAUCCUCCUCCUCUCCCUCACCUUUCCAUGUGCCAGAGAGUAAAUGCUCAGGCUCCCUGGGUGAGUCUGUUGUACUGUGUUCAGACACUGUUCUUGACUGGCUUGCUGGCCAUCUCUGUGCAUGCGUGGAGCAGCAAAAAGGCACCUUUUAGCACGGUCUUUGCCAGCCCCCACAAGCCUGGGACUGGACAAAAAGGGGACGCUUGCUUGCUGCGUGCACAGAGAUGGGAUGGCACCUCCAGACUACAUGUGCAGCACUGCAGUCGGCCCCACAUUCAAGCGGGGCAGCCACUUUCUAGGUUUGACUUGACACAGGGUGAAAAUUUUGCAGUCAGAAAAACCACGUGUGGCUUUAGUGUGCCGUAAGCUGGAAGGAAGAGCUCCCAAUGUGGUGUGGCCAAAGCCAGCAUGGCUACAGCUGACCCUGUCUGUGACUCCUGCCUCAAUGAAACUCCUUCAGAGAAGUUUGUCUUUAAAUGCCUAAUGACUGAGCAGCCUUCUCUGGGAGCGAUCCGGAUAAAGCCUGGGACCCAAGAGGUCAGCAAUCAAGUUGUGGACCAGGCAUGCCAGCGCUGCACAUAGCUCUCGCUGCCACGCUGUGCAUCUGCACAAUCAGCAGGGUCCCUGGGAAGCGUGUUAAUCCAACAGACCCCUUUCUAGCAAGGCCAGGUUUCCUCUGCAGGCCGGCACGGCAGGUGCUUCCCGAGACCCGGGACUCCAGCGUGUUGCUGCACCACUUCCCAUUGCCUCGAAUUGUCAUAAACACCAAACAAACCAGUGACCUCAGUUGAGCAAAGUACCUCGACUCGUGCUUGAAUGUGAAGCAUGUGCUUGUAAAUGCCCAGUUGGAUUGGCUCUAGUGGUACUGUCAGAGCAGACCUAGCAAAGCCCUCUGCAUGAAAGAAAAGCCUUGAGCAGACAGACGUGGGAUUGAAGACCUAGCGGUGCUUCCACUUCUCCCCCAGACUCUUGCUUUCCGAAUUAAGCAUCAGCUUCUUGUGUAAAGUAAGGUGUCUGCCAGGCCUCCAAAAUCAAUCUUGCAGGGCGUGUUAGGGCAAAUGGACGGCCUUUUGCAUUGCUCUCAGCACCAUCGAGUGCAACCUCCACAACGAGCUGGACCCACUGGAAAUGACAGCUUCCCUCCCUGCUCCUUCUACCUCUCCCUGACAACUGGAGACCUCUGUGCAUCUCCUUCUCAGGUGCUGGAAGAGGGUGUCCUCCCCAGCAAAUGGAAAACCUCACGUUUCCCUGCAUAGAGCCGUUCCUGGUCUGUGCGCUGGUUAUUUUCUAUCUCCAGCCUCAGCUGCCGAUGCAGCCGUCCUGCCUGCUCUGAAAGGCAGCGGGAAGCGGCUGCAUGAGGAAGCAUGUCAGAAUUGGGACUUCCUGGCAGUGGAGCUCACUUCUGUACUGACACUUCCUCCCCUGUUGCUCCUGGAAGCUCCUUCUGUUAGCAUAUCCCCAAGUGAGAUGCACCGAUUGCCAAAAUGCUGAAGAAAAGCCAAGUAGAGCUCCCACGUGCCAUCUCCCCCAUCUGUGCAAUCCUUUCUACACCACUCAGGGAUAAGAAAUAAUCUAGCUCCCGCAAUCGAUACACGGUUAUCUCCGAAGACGUACGGGGGCUGGAUUUUCUGGUGGGUUCGGCAUGCAGAAUGUGGUACUCGAGUAACCACGUGGCUGGUUACCGGGGUGCCUCUGUGUGCAAACCCGCAGCAACUCCGUGCGUUUGCAUGUGCAGCUUUUCCACGAGAAGCCGAAAUGCGUUCUGGAUCUGGAUCAAAACACUAAGUUCUCAGCCCGUCCCUUGUGUACUGCCACGUGAAAUCAGUCCUUAGUUUCUGUGCCUGUGGCGAGCUUCCGGUGGGAGGACCUUGGUGCCCAUGCAGAACCGCAGGGAAGCCUGGCGCGUUUUGCAAGGAUGGAGGGUCCUGCCCAUGUGAAGCUCGCGGCAGCCCUGGGGCGCUGGUCGAAAUGAGUCAAGGAAGGCGCACGAUCAGCAGGUGCACCCCCCACUUAUUUUAGCCUUUGCCCCUUGUUUUCAGGCUGGAUUAAUGCACGCCUUCAAAUUGGUUUCAGCUUUUCAUUCUGUAGCCCCGUCUUCAUGGGAGAGAAGAUUUGGAAAGCAAGCAAAGAUGAAAAAAGAAUCAAGAUUAUGUGGCAUUAAACUUGCAGGAAAACAAUUGUCAUAGAAAUGUUCCUCCAACUGUUUUUUCCCUGUAAAAGCUGCCUUUUUACUACAUGUUUAUAAAAACAUUUUUAAGGAGAGAAAUAUUUUUCAGAAAUGCCUUUUAAAAAUUUUAAAGGUCUUUUAUACUCUCCCUGGUGCUAUUUCUGUUUGUGAUUUGUUUUUUUUUUUUUUUUAGACUAAGGACUUUUAAUGUCCACAUUUCUGCAGGUUUUUAUACACUUUUAAAUAAUGCUGAGUUUGUAUUUUUGUUGUUGACUGUUUCACAUGUUUUCUGUAGCAGGAGCCCAGUACCAAAGUAUGAACCAUCAAAACUGUGCCUUUUCUAAACAGUUUACUGAUUAUUUUUUUUCUGGUGAAAAAGAAAAUGGAUCAAUGUCUCGAGUUUACCUUUAACAUUUAUCACAAUCUAAUUAAAAUC